AUGUCUAAUCGCUCUGUAGAUGUUCUAAUCAUAGGUGGAGGGCCCGCUGGCCUCAGUGCUGCCCUUGCUUUAUCACGGACGCGUCGAAGAGUGGCUCUUUUCGACUCUGGACUUUACAGGAAUGCGAAAACCAGAAUUAUGAACAAUGUCCCUGGAUUCGAUGGCACGAGUCCACACGAAUUCAGAGACAAAGUGCGCAGAGAACUUCAGUCACGGUACAGUGAUACGUUUCAAUACAUCCCUCGACAAGUCAAAUCCUUGCGCAAGGCAGAGCUAUUCCAUCUAAGCGACGGUCAAGAUUCCUGGACAGGUCGAAAGGUCAUUUUCGCUACGGGUAUCAAAGACCGUCUCCCGUCGAUCCCUGGGUUCGAUGCCAUCUGGGGUCGUUCUGUUAUCCACUGCGUGUUCUGUCACGGAUUUGAAGCAAAACAUCGCCCUAUUGCAGUGCUGCUCAACCCGGAAGACGGGAAGGGAAUAUCUGGAAAGGCAUUGAUCAUCUUUAUGCAAAAAUUCGAUAGCAUGCAGCACGAGUCGGUCACUGUAUUGGCCAAUGGGAUCUUCGGUGAGGCAAGCGAGCCAACGCCACUUGCCGACGAGGGAAUCACAGAAGAUAUUCUAGCACUCGCAAAGAAGAAAGGGCAAGUACAGUAUCAAUGGAACAUGAAGCGCAUCGUGUCCAUCUCCUCUGAAGAGGACGAUUCGCAUGCACCUCCAGCGACGAUUCACUUUGCGGACAAUACCUCCCUCACAAUCCCCUUUGUAGUUUACAGCCCGUACACAGAAGUCCCCGAGGCCACUCUAGAGCUUCUCUCCGACCCAUCACUCAGCGCGAUCAAAGAGUCUCUCAAUAACCCAAAUCCCAUGACGAGUGUGCCUAUGGGCGAGAUUACGGCGACUGGCCUCUUCCAAAAGGCAAACGUGGACGGCGUGUACGCCUGCGGAAAUGCAUCCCUGUUCAUGUCCACGGUAGUAAUGGCGAUGAAUCAAGGACAAAUGGCCGGUGCUGGGGCCGACCACGAGAUUGCUAUUGAGGACUACGCCGCUGGUAUCGCAGCAGCCACUGCCACCUAG